GGAAGUGGGGCUGGCGCGGCCGCCGGGGCUCCUCGCGGGGCUCAGGCUGCGAGGGGCCACCUGCCGGGAGCCCCUCAGAGCAGGGGAAGACGGUCCCUGGAGGGAGGAGCCGAGUGGCACAGCACGUGCCGGCUGUGCAGACGGUCCCAGGAUUGCUCCCGCAUCUCCAGAUCGGGCUAGGAAAAAAUCCUGCCAGGAAACCGUGGAGCCCUGCUGCUGCUGCCGUUCCUCACCAUGGGCAACGUUCUGGCUGCCAGCUCCCCAGCGCCCCCCUCGGCAGUGCCUGGGCCAGGCUCUGGCUUGGUGUCGGUGCCACCUGGCUUUUCGAUGCCCCCGGUCAGCGGGCUGGUUCCCCCACCACAAGAUCGCACCACUGAGGACAAGUGCGACCAGCUUCCCAAUCCUGGCACUUUUGAGGAAUGUCACCGUAAAUGCAAAGAAUUAUUCCCCAUCCAAAUGGAGGGCGUGAAGUUGACAGUGAACAAAGGUCUCAGCAACCACUUUCAGGUCAAUCAUACAGUGGCUCUCAGUACAGUCGGCGACUCCAAUUACCACUUUGGCGUGACCUACGUAGGGACAAAGCAGCUGAGCCCCACAGAGGCCUUCCCCGUGCUGGUGGGCGACAUGGAUAACAGCGGCAGCCUCAACGCACAGAUCAUUCACCAGCUCACUAACAAAGUUCGCUCCAAGGUGGCCUUUCAGACGCAGCAAUCAAAGUUUGUGAACUGGCAGGUAGAUGGUGAAUAUCGAGGCUCCGACUUCACUGCCGCCGUCACGCUAGGGAACCCCGAUAUUUUAGUGGGCUCAGGGAUUCUCGUGGCGCACUAUUUACAGAGCAUCACUCCAUGCUUGGCGUUGGGCGGGGAGCUGGUGUAUCACCGCCGCCCUGGAGAGGAAGGGACCGUCAUGUCGCUAGCUGGGAAAUACACAGCACCUAACUGGAUUGGGACCCUGACAGUCGGGCAGGCAGGAGCGCAUGCCACAUACUACCACAAAGCUAGCGAUCAGUUGCAGGUGGGGGUCGAGUUUGAAGCCAGCACCCGCAUGCAGGACACGAGCGUCACGUUUGGGUACCAGCUGGACCUCCCCAAAGCCAACCUGCUCUUCCGAGGCUCGGUCGACAGCAACUGGAUCGUGGGGGCGGCCCUGGAAAAGAAGCUCCUCCCGCUGCCCCUCACGCUGGCCAUGGGCGCCUUCCUCAACCACCGCAAGAACAAGUUCCAGUGCGGCUUCGGCCUCACCAUCGGCUAAUCCGCGCCCGCGUGCCCCUGGCCCUCCCGCCUGCGUCCGUGCUCGGCCCGCAGGGGCCUCCGUGGGGCACGGGGGGAGCCCAGAGACGCCGGCGGGCAGGACGGACUGAGCAGUGAGAGCGCCCCCCUCUCUCCCCUCCCCACCCACAGGAGCAGGUCGCCAGUUCCCUGAGGUGGCGUUGCUGGGUGGGAUGUGGGGCACGAGGCUCCCGGGCUUCUGCCCCGAGGUACGGUUUCCGGAAGCCAAAGCACCCGUGAUCGGCGCGGCUGCUCUGCCUGCUUCUGCCACUAGGGGGGGUCGCGUUGGGCGCGGGGGGAGCAUGCCAUUCUCUCAGAACCGGUGGCCACUGACGGGCCCGGGGCUGGUGGGUUUAGCACAGGGCUAGGGUCCCCCUACCCAGAACUGGGGAGGACGGCUGUGCCCUUCUGUGUGCCUCCCCUCCUCUGCCCUGCUCCCCUUUUCCGUUCAGAGAGAAUCUUCCCUCCCCUCCCCUCCCCUCCCGUCUCCUUCCUUCCUUCCUUCCCCCAGGAGGGACACGCGCACCUUUGACGGUUUUGUGAACGUGCCCGAGCGACCGGGCCUUGCCUUGCGGGCCUUAAUUCCCACCCCAGAAAGCACGCCCGCCUGCCUUCCCGUUCAGUGUCCCUGGAACGAUUUCACACCUGCGCCAGCCCUCCCUUUUCUACCUACCUUCAUUUUUUUAAGGAGCCCCAUCAUUCUUGUCCCGGUUUUAUUUCCCGUUCUCCGGUUGCCUCCGCUUCUCUGCGCUUGCGGCUGCUGCCAGCGCCAAGUUUAGCAGGGAGUACCUCGCUUCUCUGCUGGAUGUCAUGGCACUGUUUUUUCGCCUGUAACCACUCAUCUUCCUCCCCCCACGAAAAAAGCCCUCCUUCCUGUCCGGUUCACGGAGCAGCUCAGCAGGACCAUCCACAGAGCGAGAGAGAGAGAUGCGCGCGCACCGGCCCCGAGCGUCUGCCACCGGCCCCCCCUGCGGAGACCGGGGAAAUCUCUGCAUGCCCUCCUCCCCUUUUGCCUCCAGAGACUGAGUGUAAAUCAUGUUUAUAAGUUAUGGGAACGAAAGGAUCUUUUACAGAAGAAAAACAAAAGCAAAAACACACACACCAACCACACCACCCUGCAAGGUGAGCGCCGCCUCCCUCUUCGUGAAAAGUUGGGAACAUCUGGUUUCAAUUAAACAAAACCCACAACCACCUGCCACCCUUUC